GCUAGCUAACCGUCAUUUAAUAUGGAUCCACAUAAUAUUCAACAAAGGAAUAUUUUAGAAAAAGUUCUCGCCCGGGUCGCUGAAAAGUUAUACAUACAGAGAUGGCGCUACGAAGUCAAAAAUGCAAUGCAGGAUAUUGUUAACUACGUCGGCUGUCUCAUCCCUGUCAUGCUGAUCGACGAUUCCCGUGACGUCACAAUACCUUUGAUGAUAAAACUCAAUGAAAGUCAUACCGUGCCAGAAAUGGAUCAUUUAUUCAGAGGAGCUUACAACAGGGAGGUUUACGUCUAUUCGACAUUAGUGCCGCUGUUUAAGAAAUAUGCGAAUGUGCCAGAAGAUUUCUUCCCGUCGUGUUUCUAUGCGGAGUCCACAAAUGACAGAGUCUUAGCACUGCACGAUAUGACUAUAGAUAAAUUUGAAAGAUAUAACAAAGGAAGAUUCUUAGAUGAGGAUCAUUUAACCCUGACUUUGGAAGCUGUUGCCAAAUUACAUUCGUUUUCCUUUAUUCUGAAAGAAUUGAAUAAGCUGAAGUGCGAUGAAAUCAUGGAACCAUUUUCGACACAGAAUCAACCCCACUUUGCCAAAAGUUUGAAAGGGUGUUUUAAAAAAUAUGGUGUCGAUAUGUUUCAAGGCACUAAGCAUGAAAAGUUCUUUAUUAAAAUGUACAAGACAAUGGACAAUAUGACUGUGUUUUUUGAUGAACCUGUAACAAAAGCACAUUCUUUGAUUUACGGGCAUGGUGAUCUCUACAAAGAAAACCUUUUGUUCAAAUAUUCUAACGAAAAGCCAGUGCAAGUAUGUCUACUGGACUAUCAGCUGACCCAUCUAAUGAGUCCAGCGUACGACUUUGUACUCCUAAUUAUGAAUAGCAUUGAUUCAAUUGUCAGAAAGAGGCAUUAUCAUAUUUUUUUGUCUACAUACUAUAAUACUCUGGAACGCUCUCUGCGAGCCAAAGGGGUAGAUGCCAAUAAAGUUUAUUCAAAAGAAAAUUUCAACGAAGACAUCAAAGUAGUGUUUUCAAUGUGUUUCGGUAUGAUUAUCUAUUCAUUUACACUGUGGUUAGACUUAGAAGGUAUGGAAUCUCUUGUAGAUCCCAAAGGCAUUGAUCCAGAAGACAAAAAGGAUGAGGUCGAGUUAUUUAAGAAGAUAAUCGGCGAUGUAGUCACAGAUUUUAGGAAUUUUGGAGUGUAUUCUUAGCAUUUUGUGGUUUUUAAGAGUUACCUAUAAAAUUAUAAUGACAUUUUCAGUCUGUAAACAUUAAAAUCUUUUUAUUUGAAGUUUCUUUCAAUGAUAAAAAAACAUCGUAACCGAUAUUAUAAUCACAUGUGUUUACAAACAAACGAUUGAUAUAAAAGCAUGAAUAUUCAGAGGGCCGUCACGUUUAUUGUGACUCGGAAAAGGUUAUAACGAAACAAUAAUCCAAUUUGCGAUCUUCGCCAUUACAUUUUGCACGUUUUAUUUUCCAUUCGGGAGGUUUCCAAUGAGAUUUGGGAUAGCGAUGUGAAGUAUCGAGGUAUCGAUUAAUUUUAAUACUCGUUUAUUGCGAAGUGAUUUUUAUUAUGGAUUUUUAAAGCUAUUAUAACAUAUUUUUUCAUGUCACAUGUUGGUUGUGACCGAACCUGUAAGUAACGUUUCCUAUUUAAAUAAUAAUAGCAAUUGUACCUAUUUAGGUUGUUGUUAUGUAAUGUUUUGUAUGUCAUGUAGUUGGUAUACCUAAAU